CCGCAUCUCAAAUCAAUCAGAAGCGUUUCGCGUCUUCAAGUGAAAGGAAGUGUGACAAAAGUAACUCUCGAGUGAAGUGAAGUGGAAAAAAAUAAAUUUUCGAAUAUAAAUAGCGAAAAAAAAAUCAUGGGACAAACAAGUGUGGAGCAAUUGCCGAGCAGAACAUUUGGAAUAAGACAUUUGCAAUGUUUGCUGCUGGCCUUGGGCCUUUCGAUGGGCUAUGCCCAGCGCGUCAAUAUGUCGGUGGCCAUUGUGGAGAUGACUGACAAUGACAAGCAGGAAGGUGUUGAGGUAUUCCAAUGGUCGGAACAGGAAAAAUCCAUGGUCCAAAGUAGCUUCUUUUGGGGCUAUGUUGUUACUCAAAUUCCUGCCGGCUAUUUGUGCCGUCUCUGGGGUGCCAAGUGUUUAUUCCUUUGGGGGCUUAUUAUUAGUUCCACAUUGGGACUUUUAACCCCAUAUCUGGUGUCGGUUGGCGAUUGGCAAUUGCUUGUGGCGGUACGUGUAAUUCAAGGCCUAUCUCAGGGUGUUAUGUUCCCCUGUACCCACAGCGUACUUUCGAAAUGGGCCCCGCCCGGAGAGAGAGCCACUUUGUGUGGCCUAUCCUAUGCUGGUACAUUUUUGGGUGCCGUUGUAGCAUUUGGCAGCAGUGGCUGGAUUAUAUCCUAUCUACAUGGAUGGCCCAGUAUUUUCUAUGUCUCUGGAGUUUUGGGUUUCGUCUGGUGUUUCAUUUGGCAUGUUUGGGGUGCCAACACACCACACAGCUACAAGAAGAUCUCUUCGCAAGAGAAGCUAAUGAUUCUCAAGUCGCUGGAUCAACCCACCCAGAAUACAGAAAUCCGCAGUGAAGCUGACGAAAAAACGCCGAUACGUGAAAUGGCUAAAUCUUUGCCCUGCUGGGCUUUACUGGUCGAUAAUUGUGCCCACAAUUGGGGUUUCUGGACCCUGCUGACGCAAUUGCCCUCAUACAUGAAGUACAUCCUCAACAUGAACAUUCAAAGUAAUGCCCUAUUUUCUGCCCUGCCCUAUCUAAUCAUGCUGCUGCUGACCUUCCUUUUUGGCUAUUUGGCCGAUUUGCUGCACAAACGUCAAUUGGCAACGACAAAUGUCAGUCGCAAGCUAUUCAACACCCUUGGCCAAUGGUUGCCCGCAGUUUCCCUGGUGGCAUUGGGCUACUGUAAUUCCAGCCAUUUAACGUUGGCCAUAGCAUUUGUUGUUUUAUCAGUGGGCCUCAACUCGUCCUCGUUUUUAGGUUUCCAAGUAAAUCACAUGGACUUGACGCCGAACUUUGCUUCGGUUCUUAUGGGUAUUACGAACAGUACGGCAAAUGUCAUGAGUAUCCUGGCUCCCUUGACAGUGGGUUUUGUGGUGACCGAUGUGACCGAUCCCCUCCAAUGGCGCAUUGUUUUCUUCAUUUCCGCUGGAUUUUAUUUCAUCGGCAAUUUAGGCUUCAUAUUAUUUGGCCAAACAAAGGUCCAAACAUGGAAUAACCCCUCACCGAAACCCCUGGAAAUGCAACUGAUGGAGCCCAGCAAAGAUGCCAAAAGCAGAGAAACUGAAAAAUAAUUUCGAUUCUCAUUUUUAGACAAAUUUAUUUAAAAUGUUAUUUUAAAUCAAUUUUUGUAUAUAAGUUUUAAUUUUUAGAAAAUAGGUUUGUAAAAUAUUCUACUGGCUUGUUAAAAAAAUGUUGUUGUUUUUGUCACAACAACAAACUCUGAAGGGCAUAUGAGUCAAUCAAAGACAUCGAAUCCCAUGAUUUGUAUAAUAAAUUUCACCAAAAAGGCAGCGCUGGUUCCGCUGUCUGAUACAAGAAAGUUUUUUGUUACAGAACACUCGAGGUGUUCACAUUAACUAAGAGAAAGCUUGGCGAAUAGUGGAGUAAUCUGAAAC